UCCUGUGACUGCAGGACACUGCAACAGUCGUAAAUGCCCACUGGUUGCAAAGUGCCUGCAGUCACUCAUGUGACCGGGGACACUGCAAAGGUGGUAAGUGCACAGACUGAUCAUAAAGUUACCUUUUCAGUGCCAUCGUAACUUCAAAUGGUUGCUAAACAGGGCAGUCGUUAAGUGAAGUCUGUACAAGUCUGCAUUAGACUUAAUAGACAUGCUUAAUAAUGUUGUAUUACAUGGUUUGAUUCAAAAUCAUACCAAAACUUGGCCUUAAUAUUUUAAUGUAAUCAUUAGUUCUGUUUCAGAUGGAAGUUUUAAAAUGUCUUAUUAUUGGUAGAUAAUGCUGGUCAAGAAUUGGAUGAAAGUAGUCUGCUGACUGCAAUCACCAUAUUUAUUUUAUCUGCAAGUCCAGAAGUAACCACCAUGGAAUGUCUUCAGAGGCACUGCAUUGAAAAGUUUAAAUCAGCAAUGGAAUCGAAAGAUCCCAUUGUACAACUUAAAUGCUACCAGCUGCUCCUUUCCAUUUUCCAGUAUCCAAACCAAGCUGUCUCAUAUCCUUACAUUCAUUCGUUAGUAUCUUUGGUAGUGGCCAAACUACAGGAAACAGAGAAAAUUAAACCUGAGAAUUCUGCUGAACUUCAAGUUAUUCAAGAAGGAAUAAAGGUAGUGGCUGCUGUUAUAGCACUUGCCGAGGAGGAGCAUCGAAAUCAGCUAGUGGCUUGUUUUAUUCCCAUCCUCAUAUCUUUUCUUUUGGAUGAGAAUGCCCUAGGAUCAGUUUCAAGUUCCGUGAAGCAUCUUCACGAGUUUGCUUUGCAUUAUCUGAUGCAGAUUGGUCCACAGUACUCUUCAGCCUUUAAAAAAUUAAUGGCUUCUUCUCCAUCAAUGAAAGCAAGGCUUGAGUCAGCAGUGAAAGGAAAUCAGGAAAGCAUCAAGGAUAAGUCAACAACUAAGCAUUCAAAGAAUCCUGGGAAAGGCUUGAGUAUCCAACUAAAGACUAACUUUCUGUGAAAAACAACUUCUAAAUCUGAAGCGCCUUGGUUAUAUUGAAAAGUGGUCUUUUUCCAGCUAUUAUCAUGGAGUAGAGAUUUUUGUUUACAGUUCUAUUAUGCAUAAUUUUAUUUUAUAUAAUGGCCCUAUGCCAGAGAAGUGCACACAUUCACCCAUCUAUCUAUCGACUGACUCACUCAGUAGCAGCUACAGCUUUUACUGCUAAAGCUACUAAAUGUAGAAAUGGUAACCCAGCAUAUUAUAUCUAUUUGCAAACACAAUUCCCAGUGCAGAGGAUGGCCAUUUAGUCAUUAAAAUAUAUAUUACAAGAAUUUUUUUUUAAGUGUUGCAGUCCUCUUAAUUUUGUUUACAACAUACAACACUCUUGAAUAAAAUAUAUCAAAGGCUCGAUUAAAUGUGUUAACAACUUGAUACACUUACAUUAAUAAAACUGCUUUUACUUCCAGUCUUGAAUCUUAGCACAAACACUAGCAUAGGGAAGCUCCUAUGCAUCGCUAUUUCUUGAUAAUAAUGAUUAUUUUUGUGUAGUAGCCACCGGUUUAAUGUUUGCUGGUAUGAGAUUUUAAACAAAAAUCCAAAGGAGUUACUUAGUGUAUAUUCACUUUUGGCUCCAUGAAGUGCAUUGCCUGUGCAUUUUAGAUGACAAGUAGGGAAAGCAACCUCUAAUGCUAGAAUUAAUGGCACAAAGUAUAGGGCUAGCUCCUUAAUUCUGACUGGUAAUUCAGGGAUGCCAUUAUGAUUUUGUGAUGGAACAUCAAAUACAAGUCUAGACUUGAGCACAGACUUGGAAUACCAUUUAAUCUAAACCAUUAUCCUAUAGAGUUUGUUAAAAAUGUUAAUUUUGCUAUCACAUUUUAAUUAUAAAUUUAAUCCCCAAAUUCCUUGCAGUUCUAUACAGUAAUAUCUUGUGCUAAUUUAGUCAUGACAUAAUUAAGUAAAAGAACGGAUAUUCUUGAAAUCCACAGAAAUAUAAAAUUACUGAUUAACUAAAGCCCACAUUUAAAUUAUUAUUGAUAGUUUUACCAAUGAAUUGUGUAGCAAUUAACAGUUUUAUGAUGAGUCUUCCCUCAUACAGUUUUGGAUAUUUAUAUAUGCAAAGUUAAGCACAUCUGUUUAUGAUUACAUCAGUGGGGCUUUUUACUACCAAUACAUUUUAUUUGAUUUUAAAUGUAGCAUGCCAAGCAGAUCACUGAGGCUUACAUAUCUUGUUUAGACUAUGAAAACUAUUUGAUGCAGUACCAUCAUAUGAGGCAUUAUAUUAUUUAUAGAAAUCAUUUUGUAGUCUUGAAAGAUUGAUGUACAAUCGUACAUUCAAAUAUCUAAGACUCUAAUGGAAAUGGAUUACUUUUUCAAAAGUGGGUUUUAUCUGAAUUGAAUUGCAGCUUGAAUUAUAAGAAUAAACAAUCACAUAUCUUAACAAUGGAUCCUAUUUUAUAUAGAAAUCUACGUGUUAAUUCCACAAUCAUUAUUUUUUAAUUGUGCUGGCAACCAUUGCCCUUUAAUCCAAUAUUAAAUGAAGUAAAGCAAAUGUUAGGAUGAUUAAGAUAUUCCCAUUUAUUAAUUUGAGGAAAAUAAACACAUCUGUAGAACCAAUACUCAGGAAGUGAUUGUAUUUUAUUAUACAUUUUGUACAUAAAAUUGUAAAUUGUACAGAUCUAACUCUAAUGUCGUUUUUCUAAUUUACAUAAAGCUAAUUUUCUUCAAUUAAACUUCUCUCUUUUUUGUUAAAUGACUCUGUGUG